AAUAAUACUAUAGCUAAUGCUUUUUGGUGUUGUAUGUAUGUGUAUGCGUCACAGAACAUAUGUGUAACGUAAUGUGACAUUCCAGCAAAUACGAUUUGAACGUUCAAGCUGUCCACACAAUAUCUCUUUUAUUUAAUUGAAACCGUACAACAAUCGAAUACCAUCUACAGUAUUCUAAGAAACUAGACAAUGUUUGUGAACAUAGUUGUGUUCAGGAUUUGGAGAGGUAGCAGUCUUGUGAAUACAUUUCCAUGGAAGUCACAUAAGACUUUCCAGAGAGCAAUCUCUAUUUCUGCACGAGACAAAUUCUAUUUUAGUGACAUUAAUCAGGCUGAAAACAAAGUAGCAGUAAGCCAGAAAACAGACUGGAAUAAAACUAUGUCAGAGGCAGAGAAAAUUGUUGGAUAUCCAACAUCCUUCUUAAGUUUAAGAUGGUUGUUGAGCGAUGAAAUUGCCAAUGUUGCAUUGCACUUAAGGAAGCUGGUUGGAUCAAAUCAUCCUGUAUUGAAAACAGCUAAGUCUAUUAUUUAUAAUGGACGUAACACACAGGCAUUUGGUCUCAUUUUGCUGUUAAUUUCCAAAGCUGCUGGCCACUUGAAUGCAAAACCUAUAGAAGAGGAUAAAGCUGCAGGUGUAUUACAUAGUCAAAGAGCAUUGGCGGAAAUUACAGAGAUGAUACGUACCAGCAACUUAAUACAUAGAGGGCUAGUAAACAUAAACACAAAAGAUACAGGAUCUCUAGAAUCUUCAGAAUUGAACAAUAUAACUUUUGGGAAUAAAAUAGCAUUAUUGUGUGGUGAUUACUUGCUCAGCAAUAGUUGCACUGAAAUGGCAGCUCUUAAAAAUCAGGAUCUUUUGUUACUAAUAUCGGCUGCAGUAAGAGAUUUAUGUCAAGCAGAGUUUGUAUCGCGCAGAGACAAUCAAAAUUUUCCCAUACCAUCAAUACCACCUGAGGAUCGAACGGGCUACGCACUGAGGGAAUGGACGCUUUUAAACACUUAUGGUGCCGGAUCAUUGCUUGGGAAAAGCUGCCAAAGUACAUUAAAAAUAGCUGGGCAUAGCAAAGAAAUAGAGGAAAAAGGUUAUGAGUUUGGGAAACACUUGGCUUUAGCUUGGCAGGCUUCAUUGGAUUUGGGUUUGUGCAUCAAUAAAGAUAAGGAAAUUUUGCAGAACUUAUGUGCAGCUCCAAUUAUGUUCCAUGUUGAACAUGAUCCAUCAAUUUUAGUAGAGCUUGAUAAAGGAUUGGAAUCAGUUGAAAAUGUCGAUUAUUUAAAGGUGCUCGAAAUUGUCGCAGCUGGUCCAGGAAUUGGACUAACUAAAGAACUUGUGAAACAACACUCGCAAAAAGCAAUGGAAAUCUUGAGUGUUUUUAAAGAAAGCGAUGCCAGAAAAGCAUUAUCUAAUAUUAUUGUUGCUAUAGGUGACUUUUAACAAAAAAUGUAUUUUUUUUUAUUUUAUUUUAUUGGCUACUAAACCAUUUCAGCUUA